UUUGGUGGCCCAUUUACCGGCCAGCUUGGUGGGUGGGCAAUCCAUCUGUGGGUGAUGAUGACAAGAUUGAGAGGUACUGCUGCAUGUGUGCCUUGCUGUUUGACUCUGCAUGGCAGACCUUCCUUUAACACGAUGACCAUCGUAGCUCUGCUGUUCUUUGCCAUGCUAACCGUGCCCUUGCCUGGAGUGACACUGGCCGCUGGAAAUGCUUGCGCAUCCUUUCCGAUGCACAUUCGUGCGUCAUACAUUUUGCCAGGGGAUCGUCGGAAGCGUUUCGGGCCAGGGUUGGUGUCUUCGUUGUCGGCCAACAGGGUGUUUAUGAAUGCUUUGAAGGAUGAUAAUAAUAAAGUGGCAGUGUUCAAGGGAAUCUCGCAGUCAGAGGAUUCAUUCUUGUGUGCUCACGAGCGCCGCGGAAAGCGGUUCUGGAUCGACGAUCAGCGUUUCAAAGUAAAUGAGACAAGGUUGGUGCGAGAGGUACUUCUCCAAGUGGGUCUGAAAGACGUCAGCCAUCGAGUUCGUCAUAAUAAUAAUGAGCCCCGGGUCCGUAGCAGUAAUCUCCUGGGUCAUGAGGCACCGGAUGACCACUGGGAUUUUCUCUGGAGCGCAAACGCGGCCUGUUCUCAAGCGCUCGAUGGGCUCGGGUCCAGGGCAAAUGCUCACAGGGACAAGCUAAUGGUCAACUGCAUCCCUGGAAUGAAUGCGAUAACCUCUAAGAGUCAGCUGGCGAAGUUGAUUAGAGGGUUCUCAACGCAAGUCGAGGAAAAAUCAGCGGUAAAUGUGAAGCGUCAAGGAGGACGGUGUGGCAAAUGGGGUGAAGGCGGCAAGCGAGAAGGAAAGGGAGAGGCAGGGGGAGAGGGAGGGGGAGAGAGAGAGAGGGAGGGAGGGAGACAAGAGGGAGGAUGGAAACAGAACGCGGAGGGAGGAGGAAGAGGACAUGAAGAAGGAGAAAGUGGAGAAGAGGGGAGGUAUGAAGGAGAGCAAGUUGAAGAGGAGGUAGGAGGGAAGCUCGGAGGAGAGAGAGAAGCAAAUGGAGGACAACAAGAGGCAGGCAGAGAAAUAGGGAGACGGGAGGGAGAAGGAAGCGGAGCAGAAGAAGGAAGAGGCGUACGAGUGACAAAAGGACAGGAGGGAAGAGGAGGUCUGAAGUGGGAACGAAAAGACUAUGGGGCCGGUGGAGAUGGAGGAGGGAGUUGUAGAUCUGAAGGGGGAGGGGAGAGGAUUAUACCGGAGUCUUUCGUUCUUCCAGAAGAGCGGACACUGUGGGAAGAGGAAAUGGAUAGAGAGCCGAACACGCAGUGGCUGCUUAAAACGGAUCAGCAUCUUGGUGCUGGUAUUACUCUUGUGAUGAAAGAGACUGCAGCGGCGGCGUUGGGAGACGGCACAAACUGGAAGAUAGCGCAGAGAUUGAUUCCAAAUCCUCUGCUGAUCAAUGGUCAUAAGUUUGGGGUGAGGUUGUGGGCAGUAGUGACUUCUGUCGUACCUCUUCGCGUGUAUUUGUAUGAAGAUGGACUCAUCCUUUUCAGCUCAGAGCCAUAUGAUGGGUUGACACAACCGGAAGCUGACGCCGUGAAGAUGGCACUUUCGUGGAAACAGUCCAUGCUAACAAAUGCAGCGCUCAAUAGCGAUGCAGAUGCUUGGAACAUUGAUCAGCUGAGGGAGUAUCUAAACUCGAACCAUUGCACAAUCCUCCGAGGAAGACAAGCUCAGGCUGCUACUGCUCCUGCUGCGGCUGUUGCUUGUCCAAGGGCUGCUGCCGGUCCUGCUCCCAGUGCUGGUCCCACUUCUCAGGCUUAUCCCACCCCUGAUGCCGGUCCUCCACCUGGUGCUGAUCGCAUUCCUGCAGUAGGUCUUGCUCCUGAGGUUUGUCCCACUCUCGGACCGCCAGGUCCUGCUCCUGGUGCUGAUCCCACCCCUGCUCUAGGUUUCACUCCUGAGGUUUGUCAUACUCCUUGUGCCGCUCCUGGUCCCAGUCUUGCUCCUGGUCGUGCUCCCGGUCCUGCUCCUGGUCGUGCUACCGGUGCUGAUCCCGCUCCUGCAGAGGGUCCCAUUCCCGAGGUUGAUCCCACCCCUAUGGAAGUUCCCACUCCUGGGAGUGGUCCUGCUCCUGCCACAGCUGCUCCAGGUGGUUUUGUUGUUCACCGUCAUCAUCACGAAGAGGGCGAGAACAACAAGGAGGAGGAGGAGGAGGAGGAGGAGGAGGAGGAGGAGGAGUAUGUGGAGGGAAAUGGGGAUGAUAGAACCAAUGAAAAUGAGAAGAACAAGAGGAAAACAGAUCGUGGUAAUGGUAAACGAGGUGAUGCAUUUGCAUUCGUUUGGCGGCAGAUGGAAGAUGCUGUGAGACUGACAUUCGCUGCAGCUGGUCCAAAUCUACGGCUCAAAGGCUCUCGCAUGCGGAUUCCUGUCGGAUGCUGCUACCAGCUUCUAGGCUUUGAUUUUCUGAUUGAUGACACUUUGAAGGUCUGGUUAAUGGAAGUCAAUGCGACGCCUUCGACUAAAUCGAAACGUGGUUCGCUUUCCGAGUCAGUGAAGAAGAGAAUGCUCAGCGAUAUGUUUUCGUUGGUCGGCAUCAUCCCAUCUGACGACGGAGUGAUGCAGGAAGUGGACAGUCUUCAGGAUCAGCACCUGCUCGCCGCCGAUUCGAUCGGCGGCAUGGUGGCAAGAGCGGACAAGUUGAAUGAAUGCGAGCAAUGGCGGCAACCGGUCCACCAGUUCCGAAAGCAGAUCGACCGCAACGGGGGAAGAAAACCCAGUGGCCAUGUCCAAGCCCCACGGGGGCCACAUGCGACUCCCCUCCACCCGAUUUCUUCUGCCGAAAGGUCUGGCAAUGGAGGGGAGGAUCCGGAUGCGGCCGACAAGGAGCGGCCUCAGGAGCGCGGCCGCGUCUGCGGAACGGAGACCGUUCCGGGGCGCUCUGAGCAAGCACGGAGCUCGGCGAUGAACACUCUAGAAGUUACCAAACGACAGAAAUUUGGAAUGCGGCAAUUCUUAGGAAAUGAAGUUUUGUUAAGGAACAUUCACAGAGAUUCGGGAGAUAAUCUGAGAGAGGAGGAGGAGAAGAAUGGCAGCAAGAGCGCGGCUCGCCAGCAGAGAAGAGUGGAUCUGUCACAGACAUCUCCAUCGGCCGUCUCUUGUGUGAAAAGCGCAGCCGGCAGUUGCCCAUCAACGGUCACGAGUUUGCAGUUGCGUCGAAGGAAAAUGAAGAAUCGCUCUCCGAUUCUGUUGGAUAGUAAACUAUCAGAAGUGAACAAUGCGAAUGCAAAAGACAGCAACUUCAUGAGAGCACUGUUGUCUGCUGUGCGCCAGGAUAUGGAGAGAGAGAGCCUCUCUGUGCCGAACAGUGAUCGAAUAAAAUUCAGUCGGAAAAGAGCUUUGCGGUUAUGGUCGGAUAUGGCCUUGGUGUCACAGUCGUCUCAUCAGUUAAACUGCAGUUCAAACCCUUAUCCAUUCCCCAUCAAUCAACUUCAGGCUAUGGAUCAAGAAGAAGAAGAAGAAGAAGAAGAAGUGCGUACGUUUCUUCUUGAAGUGUCUCGGAAAAGGGGAUUCAAAGUAAUGAUACCCUCUUGUAGGGUUCCAUUUGAACACCGAAGUCAGCCAAUUUGGCACCGAUGGGAUAUUCGUUUACUCAGAGCUUGGGAUUCCAUCAGGAAGGGCAGGAUGGCAUGGACCUAAAAGACCAUCAGGUCUUACAAAAAAAGGAAAAGGGGGGAGGGGAGGGGGAGGAGGAGGAGGACCAGGAAUUGUAGGAUAGUUGCUCGAUUAGGAAAGUGCAUGUCAACUUCUGUGAGGCAAAUGAUUGGAGGGAUAUCUAUUUCCCCUCCAUGAUCACCACAAAGGCGGCAUUCCAGUUGCAAUAAUCUUAUAGUAGUACAUUCAAGUUUGUGCGCUUUGAAGGAGACUCCUCGUCAUCCGGAUCCUCCCCCUCGGGACCGCAUCUGUGUACCUUCCAAGUUGUUCGGUCUCACGGACGUCUUCAAGCUCCUUCAGGAUGUUCUUCUACUUCAAGUUUUGCUUCCCCAAGUUUUGCUUCAAGUUUUGUGUCAAGUUUUCAAAGCCUCCAGCGGUGGCAGUGUAGAAGGCCUCCACUGGUGCCAGUUUCUGGACUGGCUGCCAUUCGGAACCACAAACUGAACCUCCGCUGUGAGCCACAAAGAGUCUUGAUCAAACGACCGCUUCAAAUGAGCAUAAAUUGAUGAAGCUACCGUGCAGGGCUCGGGAGCCUGCAGGUGCGCCUUUUUCAACGUGGACUGCCGCUUUAGUGACCGUCCCAGGCCUGGAUAGAAAAGCUCGUAUCCGUGAACCGGUAAGAGCUGUACUCUUCUUCGGGUGGACUGGCAGAUUAAUGAAUGAAAUGAAUGGUGUACAGCUGC